CACCCCAGUCACUUCUCUCCACAGCCAGAGGUAGAGCAGUCAGACGCCAUCCAAGCAGCUGUCACCAUGUCUUACGGCCAGAGCAUGAUGAUGUCAGGUGGGUCCCAGAGGAGCUCCUUCGGAGGAGGAGGUGGAGGCAGUAUGUACGGCAGGAGUGCCGGCAGUAUGUACGGUGGCUCUGGCGGCAGUGGCGUGCGCAUUUCCAGCGCCUCCCGCACCUUCUCUGCCGGCGGCGGCGGCGGCGGCGGCGGCGGUUUUAGCUUCGGUAGUGGUUCAGGGGGCGGCUUCAACCUGGCCGAUGCUGGAGAGAUGCAGAUCUCGACCAACGAGAAGGCCACCAUGCAGAACCUGAACGACCGUCUGGCCACCUACCUGGAGAAAGUGCGCUCCCUCGAGAAGGCCAACGCUGAACUGGAGCUGAAGAUCCGCCAGUUCCUGGAGAGCAAGACCUCUCCGUCUGCACGUGACUACAGCGCAUACGAGGCCACCAUCAAGGAUCUGCAGGCAAAGAUCCUGGAUGCCACCCGUCUCAAUGGCAGUAUCUAUCUCAGCGUUGACAACGCAAAGCUGGCUGCUGAUGACUUCAGAGUCAAAUAUGAGAACGAGCUGGCUCUGCGGCAGUCAGUGGAGGCUGAUAUUGCAGGAUUGAGGAGGGUACUGGACGAGUUGACUAUGGCAAGAUCUGACCUGGAGAUGCAGAUUGAAGGUCUGAAGGAGGAGCUAAUCUUCCUCAAGAAGAACCAUGAGGAGGAACUUCUCGCCGCGAGAUCACAGAUGAGUGGCCAGGUCCAUGUAGAAGUGGACGCAGCACCGCAAGAAGAUCUGAACAAAGUCCUGGAAGGUCUCCGCGAUCAGUACGAGGGUAUGGCUGACAAGAGCAGGAAGGAAUGGGAGAACUGGUUUCAAGCCAAGGCAGAACCACUAAAGCAGGAAGUGCAGGCCAACAUAGAGACUGUGCAGACGUCCAAAACUGAACUCACAGAGCUCAAGCGCACACUGCAGGCGCUUGAAAUAGAGCUGCAGUCUCAACUAAGCAUGAAAGGGUCCCUGGAAAGUACAUUAAGGGACACAGAGAAUCGCUACUCCGAGCAGCUGAACAGCCUCCAGAUGCAGGUCACCAACAUGGAGGAACAGCUGAUGCAGCUCCGUGCCGACAUGGAGCGUCAAAGUCAGGAGUACCAGAUGCUGCUGGACAUCAAGACCCGUCUAGAGCUGGAGAUAGCAGAGUACAGAAGGCUGCUGGAUGGAGAAUGGGAUGGUGACUCUCGCUCUGGCUCUCGCUCUGGCUCUGGCUUUGGCUCUGGCUCCGGCUCUGGCUCUGGCUCUGGCUCUGGCUCCGACGCUGCCGCUGCCGCUGCCGCUGCCGCUGCCGCUGCCGCUGCCUCUGCCUCUGCCGCUGCCGCUGCCGCUGCCUCCUCCAAAACACGUAAGGUGGUGACAAUUGUGCAAGAGAUGGUGGAUGGCAAGGUGGUUAGUUCCUCUCAAAGUGCUGUGACCUCUGAGAUCCCAGCAUAAGCAACACUGAACACGCCCACCUCCGCAACACCGUCUGUGCCUCAUGAAAAUGAUGAAUUAUUAUCUGGAGGAUGCUGCAAUAUUAAAGAGAUAAGAGAUGUUUAAAACUAAA